ACAGGCAGUUCAUUAUGUUACAAUUCGCCAACUUUAAAUGAAAGAUUUGUUGUGAUGGCGGCCAUUUAUUUUAGUCUACGAAGUUCGUAAGUCACACUAUAUUUAAAUAGUAUUCAAUUAAAUCCGGUCACAUGACCUUCUACGUAAGCGAGAGAAGAGUUCACUUCCAUGUAGGAAGUGAAGGCUAGGGAUAGGACAUUAUAAGUUUUAACCCUGUAUGUGGCAGAACUAUGGCAUCAAAUCUUGAAGCCUCCAUUCAGAUGGGCUGUGAUUUCAUCCAUGAUUUCGCCUGUUCGGCUUGUGAAGAAGAUGGAUUGAACACGGAAGCUAAACAAUUUUGUAAUCAGUGCACGAAAUAUUACUGCGAUAACUGUAUUACCAAACAUAACGGCUUAUACAAGAGACACACGUUACUCGACCGGAAGGACGUGGAGAAAUGGGCAGCAGCACCAGGGUCGAUGGACAUCCUUGAGAGAUGCGAGAGGCACCCCGGGGAGGCGCUCAAGCUGGUUUGUGAUGACCAUGACCAGCUGUGUUGUUAUGUGUGUGUUGCCGUGGAUCAUAGACAAUGUUCAUCAAUACAACACAUUCCAGACGUUGCAAAGGGCAUCCGCAAAGAUCCCGAGUUUCGUCAACUACCUCAACGGGUAGCUGUUCUUAGGAAGCAGAUAGAAGAUAUGAAAAACGACAGAAUGAAAAAUCGUGCAUCACUGAGGAAGACUCGAACAGCCAUUGUGGAUGAAAUCAAAGCAAUCCGUAAAGAGAUCAAUGACGUUCUUGACAAGAUGGAGAAAACAACCGUUCAAGAAUUAGACCGUCUGGUGUCUGAUCAGGAACAUUCCAUUAAGAUAGAUAUGGAAUCCUGCACACAGAUGGAAGACGAAUUAAAGAACAUAAUGGAUGACAUACAAAACAAAGACUUAUCAGGCGAACCACCCCUAUAUAUUGGGUUCAGAAAAUGUGAAGAAAAAAUCAAACAAGCAAACAAAAUUCUGCAAAACAUGUCAAAUGUUUCCAAAUACAAUAUAACUUUUUGUAAACAUAAUGGAGUAGAAGAUAAUUUGUCCUCGAUGAAGACCUUUGGAGAGUUAAAUGAAUCGAAUGUUUUUGGUGCACAACCAAGUACAUCGGUAUUCCCCCGAGAUCACGUAUUAGCUAUCAAAGGUUACAAGGAUUACAACGUGAAGAUUAGUUCAGAUAAUUAUACAUGUUGUAUUACAGGGAUAUGUGAGUUGCCUGGAGGAGCGGUUGUUACUACAGACUAUAACAACAAAGUGAAACUCCUUGACCAGGAGUACAUAGUUGUCGACCACUGUGAUGUUCCCAAGUAUCCAUAUGACGUGUGUCACAUUGGCGGGGAUGAGGUUGCCGUUUGUGUUAGCAACCUUGAUGAUAGAUGUGAACUUCAUGUCAUUACCAUUACAAAAGGGAAACUUGUGACUACGAGAAAAUUAAGUUUCACCCAUGGAUGUUACGGUGCAGCACAUUACGGGAACAACCUUUACAUUUCAUCAGACACCGCGCUGUACGUCUAUACAACAACGGGGCAGCUGGUAAAGAAGCUUUACGAGGACACGUCCGAUAGUAACACGGUGUUUAGACUUGCCAUCAGUAACGACGGGAAGAAUAUCUACAUCCCAAACCCCUCAAACAAUCAACUUAUCACCCUGGACAACCUCGGCAACAAGCUGUCCAUAUUCACUGAUCCUGACUUGAGGGAACCUUACGGAGUACACGCGACAACUGCUGGACACGUGUUCGUCUGCUGUUUCGCCCACACAGUGCUGCAGAUUGACAAGGACGGGAAGAGGAAGUUGGCCACACUGGCAAGGGAACAAGACGGAGUGUGGGGACCUAGAGCUUUGUAUUUCAACAGCCGUACUUCCUCUCUGGUUGUCGGUGGUUGGAAAGACACGCUCCUCGUCAUCAAUGUACGAUAAAUAAUGAUAAUAGAUCCACUUACAAGUGACAAAACAACACUAAGUAUAACUGAUUGUUGAACUGAACUUUUUCCUGUGCGUAUUAACACGGAUAAAAAAGUUCACUAUAACAUAUGCAAUGUAUUUCCUUAAACAUAUAUACAUAUAUAUAUAUAUAUAUAUGUGUUUAAACAAAUAUAACUCAUGUGUUAUAGUGAAUAUAUAGUGUAUAAUGUUUAUCGUGCUCAUGUUAUUCAACUAAGUCACUGUUAAUUUUAAGAUGUUAUUCACAGAUGUUUUUUAUCUGGUAUGAGUGUGUAUGUAUAAUAAUAUGUAUGAAUUACUCCUCCUCUUUGUUGUGGAAAUAA